CAACAUAGAGAGAAGAAAAGUCAAAGAAUUACACCUCUUGCUUCUUCCCCGUUUCCGCCACCCUAUUGGAUUUCUGAUCCUCCAAGGAACUUAGCCAUUAUUCCAUUAACCCAUCCCACCCAGUCCCAAUCCAAAGACCAAAACCCCCCAAUUUGAAACCUAAUUAAUUAAUUAAAAAUUGAUUAUGCAUUUUCAUGCGUAAUAAUAUAAUUUGACAGAGCACAAAAUAUAAACCAAUAAUAAAAGAACCCAAUCCCCUCUUCCUUCCUUCCCUCAUUUCUUCAUCGUCGUCUUCGGCUCAUCCGUCCUUCUUAUUCGAAGUUCCAUCCAAACUCACACCCCUAAAUACGUGUAGAAAGAAAGACAGAAUCGCAUAGUGAUCUCCACCGCCGGCGGCUCCCCACACUUGGUCUGCUCCCCCGCCGUCCCCGUCUGAUGAGCAACGACAACGCCGCCCCUUCCUCCAGUUCCGCUGCUGCCAAUGGAUCGGCCGAUGCUGCUGCUCCCAGGCGCAAUUCCAAGCGACCUAAAUAUUCUAAGUUUACACAACAGGAACUUCCUGCUUGCAAACCGAUUCUAACGCCAGGAUGGGUGAUCUCCGCUUUCUUGCUGGUCAGCGUCAUCUUCGUCCCAAUUGGAGUUGCUUCCUUGUUUGCUUCCAGAGAUGUUGUUGAGGUCGUUGACCGCUAUGAAACAGCAUGUAUUCCUCCUCAAAACAGAACUAACAAGGUUGCGUAUAUUCAGAGUUCUUCCAAUAAAACAUGCGUCAGAGUCCUAACUGUUCCAAAGCGUAUGAAGGCGCCUAUUUAUAUUUACUACGAGCUUGACAACUUCUACCAGAAUCACCGCAGAUAUGUGAAGAGCAGAAGCGAUCAGCAAUUGAAAAGUAACAGUAGUCAGAACGACACAAGUACUUGCAAGCCUGAAGAUCUGGUUAAUGGAACAGCUAUUGUGCCAUGUGGUCUUAUAGCUUGGAGUUUAUUUAAUGAUACAUAUAGCUUCUCUCGUGGAAAUGAAUCGUUGAAUGUGAAUAAGAAGGACAUUUCAUGGAAGAGCGACAGAGAACACAAGUUUGGUGACAAUGUGUUCCCUAAGAAUUUCCAGAGCGGAGGACUCAAAGGUGGUGGGAGUCUCAACGAAUCGAAACCGCUUAGCGAGCAGGAGGAUCUCAUUGUGUGGAUGAGAACUGCAGCUCUACCAACUUUCAGAAAGUUGUAUGGGAGGAUAGAGGUGGAUCUCAACAGAGGUGAUACAAUAAAUGUUACAUUGGGCAACCACUACAAUACCUACAGUUUCAACGGCAAGAAGAGACUUGUGCUUUCAACAACUAGCUGGCUCGGUGGGAAGAAUGACUUUCUCGGCAUUGCUUACCUUACAGUUGGAGGGUUAUGUCUGUUCUUGGCAGUAUGUUUCAUCAUAGUGUAUCUUGUGAAGCCACGGCGCCUUGGAGACCCCUCUUAUCUAUCAUGGAACAGAAGUCCUGGAGGACGUUAAGAGGAAGAGAGGCGGCACCUUUUGUAGAACGAACCUGAUGGGCUAACCCAAAUAUGCUUGAUGUAUCCAUUUAAUGUGUUUGAGAAAGAUGUUAAAAGGACAACUUGUUCGGUGUAAUAUCUUAUUUGUUGUGUGAAGACAAGGAAUUCAUGCAUAAUUUCUAGGAAUAGGGAUCAUAGAAUUUGUUUAGAGCAUCCUACGAAUCUCGUGUCUUUGCUUCCUGCCUCUUGCCCGACGAGUCUGAUACGGAAACACCGCAAAAAGGCGACAUGGACCUGUCAACCAUAUUGAAAACGGAGAAACGGAUGCUAGAAAUGUUUAAACGAGAUAAAUUUCACAUGAAUUGAAAUUAGCGAUAUUGUGAAAUAUCGC